CGGCGCUGACUGCUACCCGGCUUUCUGCUCCCCACGCGCAGGUUGGCGGGGAGGGGCGGCCUGCGGUCAGGCCCACCCCGGGGCGUUCCUGCAGGGCGCCCUCGGCCGCCCCCACCGCCCCCCAGAUGUACUAUGCGGUUUCCCAGGCGCGCCUGAACGCGGCCCCCGCGACUAUGUUGCGGCCACAGAGGCCCGGAGACUCGCAGCUCGGGACCUCCCUGUACGAGCUGGUGGGCUACCGGCAACCGCCUUCCUCCUCCUCUUCUUCCUCCUCCACGACGGCCACCCUCGUCCCCAAGGCGGCGCGCGAAAAGCCGGAGGUGCCAGCCGAGCCUCCGGGCGCAGGGCCCGUAGCGGGCGCGCACGCUGGCGGCGGCUCCCGGGCGGACGCCAAGGAGGAGCAGCAGCAGCAGCUGCGGCGCAAGAUCAACAGCCGCGAGCGGAAACGCAUGCAGGACCUGAACCUGGCCAUGGACGCCCUGCGCGAGGUCAUCCUGCCCUACUCGGCGGCGCACUGCCAGGGUGCUCCAGGUCGCAAGCUCUCCAAGAUCGCCACGCUGCUGCUCGCCCGCAACUACAUCCUUCUGCUGGGCAGCUCGCUGCAGGAGCUGCGCCGUGCGCUCGGCGAGGGAACCGGGCCCGCAGCGCCGCGCCUGCUGCUGGCCGGCCUGCCCCUGCUGGCCGCCGCGCCCGGCUCCGUACUCCUGGCGCCCGGCGCCGUGGGGCCCCCCGACGCGCUGCGCCCCGCCAAGUACCUGUCGCUGACGCUCGAUGAGCCGCCGUGCGGCCAGUUCACGCUCCCCGGCGGUGGCGCCGCCGGCGGCGCGGGCGGCCCCGGCCUCUGCACCUGCGCAGUCUGCAAGUUCCCGCACCUCGUCCCGGCCGGCCUGGGCUUGGCCGCCGUGCAGGCGCAGUUCUCCAAGUGAGGGCCGGCCCGAGCCCGCAGCGCGCCCCUGGCUGGGCCUCUCGUCGCCCGGUUUUUCCGUGCGCCCUGCGGCUGGGAGAGACGGGAUGAGUACCGAGCGUAUUUCGAACCUUCUCGCAGGGAGGAACACACAGUCGAGAACCCCACCCCCCACCCACACCCACCCCGGAAAUUCAAGGGACUGGAGCGGAUGUUCGACGGAGCGUCAGGGCUGGUUGCGGUUCUGAGUCGAUUCCAGCUGCUUUGGGCAGGAAGUGCGCGCCCCUCACCCCCACUCCGCUCAUGAUUUUUCGGGUCCCUGGAGUUCUGCGCUCCGCGGGAGUGGUGUGAAUUUUAGGGCACUGGGCGAGUGGCUUUACUUAACCUGGGUGGGAUGAGAGGUCAGCCCCGAUCGCGAUCCUCGCGGAGGUUUAGCGCGUCCGCUCGCAGGGGUUACACCAGCCGAGCCAGGAUCAGGGGCAUUUGUUCUCGGAAGGGGUUUCUUUUUCUUGUCCGUGGCCAGAGGCAACAGGCGCCUUUGUUCUCACGGUCAAGCCCCGUCAAAGGGAGGCUGUCUGACCAGUUAGUCGGUGCAGACGGUCAGGGGCGUCGCGGCCAGACUGUUGGCAUCGCUGUGCCGCGGACGAGGGCGCGUGCAGUUCCCGGGUGGUUGGGGGCGCUGCGCGGGAAGUCGAUCUGCUUUUGUACCUGGCUGUUAGAGUGCUAUUUUUGAGAAUCGCACAACCAGGAGUUUUGUUGAAAUUGUUCGCUAUUUAAUCCCGGGGUCUUCUUAGAAAGUCAGCUUAGAACUCGAGAUUCACGGUUUUGUCUUCACCACCACCCCCACCCCUAAAGUAGCGUAACCGCCCCCCUGAGCUUGCUUUUUCAAAACAAAAACCAACCACCUUUCACGCAAACGGUGUUCCCAAUGUAACCACGUUAAAGUGGAUGCUCAGGCGUUUCUCAGUGGCCACCUAGUCAGAAAGCACGAUCUCUAAUUAACAAUCUAUUUCGUUAAAAGAAGACGCGGAGGACUUGGGUGCUGCAAACCGCCACGGCCCGGCUGAUUCCCCCGCGGUGGCGCUUUCCAGCGCGGGGCCUUCCCGGGCCUGGUGCGUAACGGUCGCGCCCGGCAGGUCUUCCUUCUCGCGGCUUUGCCAGUCGAAGCACUGCACGAAGCACCGGUCUUGACUUGCUGCAGACGUUAACAGAUUAUUUUACUCAAGGCUAUUUUAUGAUCGUUCAGCAGCUUGCUUUGGUCUUUGUCUAAGGUUUUUUUGUUGGUGGUAGUAGCCGAAUUUAACUGGCAUUUAAUUUUAUUUCUAACUUUAUUUCGUUGUGCUGUACGGAAUCAAGAAAAUAAAACAUUUAAAGACCUUUA